GAAUCAAUCAAUCAAUUUCUCCCAUUUCAACUCCAUACUAUCAUCUCUCUAAUUUUAUGCACGCCCUACCACCGACAUCUAUAACCCAUUCCAUUUCAUUCCCCACAUCAAACCCAUACAUAUACCACAACUGAUCCCCUCUCACAAUCCCAUCCCAUUCCCUUCUUCCCUACUACCCUUCCACCACCACAGCCCCCUCUCAACUUCUAAGAAGUUGAAGAAGAAAAAGAACUUACAAAAUGCCCUCCCUCCUCGAAGACCCCACCACCCAAAUCCCCGCCCCAACCCCUACCCCCUCCCUCCAACCUAUCUCACGCACCCUCCGCGACGGCACAAAAAUCACCCUGUACCCCAUAACCACCGGCCCCGAUGCCCUCCCCUCCUCCCUAAUCCACUAUCUGCACAAGGAAUUCUCCUCGGAGAUUCUCAAGGGAUGUACAUACCCCAUGGAAACCCCGCUCGAGUACGAUCUGUAUCGGACGUACUGGUUCGGGACGUUUGCAGUGGUGGCUGUCAUUGACGAUGGUGGGGAUGGGUUGAGGGAGGGCAGGGAUUGGGAGAGGGACUGUUUGGGGACGUUUUAUGUGAAGCCGAAUUAUCCUGGACGCUGCUCGCAUGUUUGUAAUGCGGGGUUCUUUACGACGCCGGCAGCGAGGAAUCGUGGUGUGGGGAGGGUUAUGGGGGAGGUUUAUUUGGAGGUGGCGCCGGUUUUGGGAUACAAAUACUCCGUGUUUAACCUCGUCUUUGAGAAUAAUGUCGCCUCGGUCAAAAUUUGGGAGAACUUGGGCUUCCAGGUUAUUGGUCGUGUGCCUGGUGCUGCGCGUUUGGCAAACAGUCCUGACCUCGUCGAUGCUCUUAUCAUUGGAAAAUCUUUGGUUUAAUUGAAUAUAAAAUAAUAUACAUAUGUAAUAUAAAAGUGUAUUGCAAUUAAAAGAAUACCCCAGUACAAGACGCUCCCUUUCAAUCAAUGAAUACGCCCUAAAUCAAUGCGAGUGGGGAAUCAAUCUAACAACCGGCUUCAAGCAAUC